AUGGCACAAGAAGAUGUGAACCUGAACACGGCACGAGCUCCUGUUCAAGGCGCUAAGAAAGGAAGCGAUCCAAGAGUGGCUCGAUUCACGGCUUCCGUGCUGCUAGUCACAUCCAUGGGUUUGAUGCAGUUGAUUGGCCAACGAAUGGCUAUCGGAGGACCCGUACUCAUCGCCCAGCUUAUGUUCAUCAUAAUCUGUGCUUUUAUUCAUGAGUGGAAUCUUCUACAUGGAGAAGGAUUGACGAGACAUCGUCGAGCUUACUUUGAUGUUUCCAACGUCCUUGAAACCUAUCAGACACGUGCACGAACGCAUGGACAUCUUUUCCAGCCUGAUCCACCAACGCCGAUGGUGACAUUCCUGCCAGACGGAACAGCUGUUGGUGGUGUUCAUGAAGCUCCAGCCGAGAAAACCGAGUUCAUGCAAAAACGAGAUGAGCACUAUGCCAAUAUGUUCCAAUUCGCCAUGCAGAUGAAUAAGGAAUUGGAUAUGAUGGAAAAGGAUAAUCUGGCUAAAAAAGACGAAUCCGCUGCCGCACCACCGGCUGCUCCACCGCCUUCGUUGGAAAUCACCAAGAAAUCGCCUGCGGUAGAAGGGACCAAAAAAUCGCCUUCAGCAGCUCAAGAAGGUAGCCAAAAAUCCGGCAAGAAAAAGAAGGGUAGUGAAAGAUCUGGAAAGAAGAAAGAAGGGCAGUGA